AGAGACAAGAUGGGCCACCAACAGCUCUAUUGGAGUCACCCCAGAAAAUUUGGACAGGGUUCACGCUCCUGCCGAGUUUGCUCGAACAGACACGGUCUGAUCCGUAAAUACGGACUCAACAUGUGCCGCCAGUGCUUCAGGCAGUACGCCAAGGACAUCGGCUUCGUUAAGGCAAGUAUCAUCAUCGCUCUGAUCCUAUUUUUUGCUUGA